CGAGAUAGCGGGGAUUGCAGAGCCGUACGCAAGAGAAGGACAAUUCAGACGGAGGUGGGCCAAGGAGGCGUCCAGCACGCGGGAAGGACCGGCGUGCACAGGAGGCAAGGGGAGGUCUGGACUCGGCGUGGAUGCUCCGGAUCCUCGGGAGGCCGGGGCGCGGCGCUGGAGUCACUUCAGCCCACGUCGUUCCGGUGACAAAAGGGAAAACUCUGGGUGUGCAAAACGUCUCGGGGUUUCGGGGCCGGCGGUUCCGGGCGCGCCUCGCCGGCUGCGGCGCAGAACUACAACCCCCAGGCUCCCCGGCGUGGCGGCACGUGGGCCCGGGCCUAGCCGCCGCGGCUAUAAAGUGCUGCGGGGCUGCCAAGCCGAGCGGCGGCACGGACCGAGCGGAGACUUGGGCCUACCAGCAACUCAAUGGCCUCCCCAAAGAAGAAACUUCAGGGUCUUGUGGCUGCAACCAUCACACCAAUGACUGAGAAUGGAGAAAUCAACUUUUCAGUAAUUGGUCAGUAUGUGGAUUAUCUUGUGAAAGAGCAGGGAGUGAAGAACAUCUUUGUGAAUGGCACAACGGGAGAAGGCCUGUCCCUGAGCGUCUCAGAGCGUCGCCGGGUCGCAGAGGAGUGGGUGACAAAAGGGAAGGACAAGCUGGAUCAGGUGGUGAUUCACGUAGGAGCACUAAGCUUGAAGGAGUCACAAGAGCUGGCCCAACAUGCAGCAGAAAUAGGAGCUGAUGGCAUUGCUGUCAUUGCACCAUUCUUCCUCAAGCCAUGGACCAAAGAUGUCCUGAUUAAUUUCCUAAAGGAAGUGGCUGCUGCCGCCCCUGCUCUACCAUUUUAUUACUAUCACAUUCCUGCCUUGACAGGGGUAAAGAUUCGUGCUGAGGAGUUGCUGGAUGGGAUUCAGGAUAAGAUCCCCACCUUCCAAGGGCUGAAAUUCAGUGAUACAGAUCUCUUAGACUUCGGGCAAUGUGUUGAUCAGCAUCGCCAGCAACAAUUUGCUUUCCUUUUUGGGGUGGAUGAGCAACUGUUGAGUGCUCUGGUGAUGGGAGCAACUGGAGCAGUGGGCAGUACCUAUAACUACCUGGGAAAAAAGACAAGCCAGAUGUUGGAGGCUUUCGAAAGAAAGGACUUCUCUUUAGCCCUGAACUAUCAGAGGUAUCCCAAGGCAAUGGAUAUAGGAGUUUUGUAUCCAGAGAUUUAUCAAUUUUGUGGUCAAACUAGGUUUUGGAGUGUCACAGACCAAAGCCAUCAUGACUCUGGUCUCUGGGAUUCCAAUGGGCCCACCCCGGCUUCCACUGCAGAAAGCCUCCAGGGAGUUUACUGAUAGUGUUGAAGCUAAACUGAAGAGCCUGGAUUUCCUUUCUUUCACUGAUCUUAAGGAUGGAAAAUUGGAAGCUGGUAGCUAGCGUCUCUCUCUCAAAUCAGGGUGUGUACCUUGAGACAUAAUCUACCUUAAAUAGUACAUUCUUUUCUCAGGGAAUUUUAGAUAAACUUAAAUAAACUCUCCUAGCAAGUGAAAUCUCACAUCAAUCAAAAAACAUUUACAUACCUAAUAUGAGCAUUAAAAAGUUGUGGGUUUUUUUUUUUUUGAAGGGGCAAAAACUUUCAGAAUCACAAUUCUCAGUCGUUCAUUUCACAAAAAUUUUUGUGGAGAAUUUCUGUUUAUAUGGAUGAAAUGGAAUCAAAAGGAAAAUUGUAAUUGAUUAACUCCAUCUGUCUUUAGGCACUCUCAUCAUCUCAAUUUCUGGUUCCUAAUCCUAUUUUAAAGUUGUCUUAAUUUUAAACCAGUAUGAUAUGUCUUCAUUUGAAUAAAUACUCAUUUGCAAUCUAGGAAAACUCUGAGCUACUGCAUUUAGGCAGGCACUGUAAUACCAAACUAUAACAUGUCUCAACUAUAUACAACUACAACUACACUAGCUCAUUUGGCUGCUCUGUUUAACUCUACAAUGGAUGCUUCUGAAUUCAUUUCGAAGUCACAACUUUCCCCUUUUCAAUAACACUGGGUCAGGUGAGGACUUGUUUCAAUUCCUAUAACUACGGAAAGGGUGGCUUUCUCGUAACAAAGGAAGAGGUCUUCCACAAAGAUGAAUUUAAGUCUCCACUUUUUGCUAUACAGAAAACUCAAAACUCAAAGUUUCAACGAACCAAAGAGCUCUUCCUCUAGGGUACCACAAAUUUCCCCUUCCUCCACUGAGAAGACUGUCUCUCCCACAGGACCCUGAAUUAUUGAAAUCGAAGGCCAACUUCCUUUCUGCAGUGAGCCCAGAGGCUACUCUUAUUACCCUGUCACACUUUCAGGCAGUUACUUUUCUUUAGUGAUAGAAGAUUUGGGGAAGACCCAAAGGACUCAGCUUUCUCUCCACACCUCCUUUUUUACUCUUUUCUUUCUGUGUAAUGUAUCAACACCUGUUUAAUCUCCCUUCUAACAAACUUUGGUGUAAGCUUUCUGGUACCAAAGUGUAUUAACAGUUAAUCCUUAUUGAUUUUAAACCUGACUAUCCAGUCUGUUAAUUACCUAAGAUUUUGUUUUCAUUUCAUCUCUAAUUGUUUUGAUCAUUGGCAGAGAAAGAGUAUUUGAAAUGCAUACCAGUUUUGCUCCUUAUUUUAAUCUCUUUGAAUUAAAAAUAAAAGUUUUUCA